AUCAAUGCUUGUAGUUUUGCAUGCUGAUGGUAAUGAUGAUGAAGCACCAGAAAAAGAGAACAGUGAUAGCAAAGCUGGCAUUGGCCAAAUGGCAGAGAAUGGAUGUGAGUUCAAGCGCUAUGGCAGCCUCUCUCACCUGCGGCUCAAAUGACUCAGUGAAUGGACUCAAGUUUGGUAUGAAAAUAUACUUUGAGGAUGUGACUACUGCUGCUGGUGGUGGUGUUGGUGGGAGCUCUUCAAAGGGAUCAAGCUCGGUGACGGCGAAGAAGGGGAAGGGAGUGGUGCAAGGAGUGCAGCAGGCACCGAGGUGUCAAGUGGAAGGGUGCAAUGUGGAUCUUAGUGAUGUCAAGGCAUACUAUUCCAGGCAUAAGGUUUGUGCCAUUCAUUCUAAGUCCCCCAAAGUCAUUGUUGCUGGUUUGGAGCAGAGGUUUUGCCAACAAUGCAGUAGGUUCCACCAAUUAACUGAAUUCGAUCAAGUAAAACGAAGCUGCCGCAGACGCUUAGCAGGCCACAACGAGCGCCGGAGGAAGCCACCUCUUACAUCCUUAUCACCUCGCAUGGGACGAUUUUCUUCCUCAUUCUCAGAAGAUAACAAUAGAUACAGAGGAUCUAUGAUGGAUUUCAGUUAUGCUAGACAGACAGGCAGAAGCGGUGGCGGUAGCGGUGGCGGUGGCGGUGGCAGCAGAAAUGCAAUGCCUUUGUUGAGGCAAGGGGAGUUAAAUACUCUAGCCUGUGGCAUUGCGCCUCAUAGUUUCCAAUUCCAUCCAUAUAUGCAAAGUUCAACUGGGGAAACCUUAUUCUCCGGCCUAGGAAUAUCCUCUCCGGGAGUUUCGGACUCGAGCUGUGCUCUCUCUCUUCUGUCAAACACUCAACAAUGGAGCAGCAACAUUACUGCAAGAAACCGGCCUCUGAUCAUGAUGCCUCCUCCAAUGGUUCAACAAGAGCCAGUCAUGGCUACUAGUUGCUUUGUAUCAUCCAGUUCAUGGGACUUCAAAGACCAUGGAACCUAUGCAAGCUUAGAAGGACGGUCCAUGGAAAUGGUUAGCAGCCAUCGGUUCUCCGGCGAGCUCGAGCUUGCCUUGCAGGGCAAUGGUGCUGCUUUUGGUCAUUCAAAUGGUGCGAACCAUGACCGUCACCUUUAGAUCUCAUUCUUUGGAUCAUCUUGGCUGUUGUUUU